AUGUUCGGACAAAUCGUAAUAGGACCACCUGGCUCGGGAAAGUCGACGUUUUGUCAUGGAAUGUAUCAAUUUCUUUCCGCUAUAGGUAGAAAAUGCAGCAUCAUUAAUCUUGAUCCGGCUAAUGAAAGACAUCCAUACCCUAAAUGCGAUUUUGAUAUUCGAGAUUUCAUCACAGUCGAAGAUGUCAUGAAUAAGAACAAUCUCGGGCCAAACGGGGGACUUAUGUAUGCUCUCGAGAGUAUCGAUGAAAAUGGUAUUGAGAUCCUACUCGGAGAAAUUAAAAAAUUGGCACAAAGUCGAAACUAUCUCAUCUUUGACUGUCCCGGUCAAGUCGAGUUGUUCACUCAUCAUAAUUCAUUGUUCAAGAUAUUCAAGCGCAUGGCCAAUAGUAUGGAUGCCCGUUUAUGCGUUGUAUCACUAGUUGACUCCAUAUACUUGACAAGCCCGUCUCAGUAUAUUUCUAUCCUUCUACUUAGUUUACGGUCAAUGUUACAACUUGAUCUUCCCCAAGUGAACGUGAUCUCCAAAGUUGACAUGCUACUGUCAUAUGGAAACUUACCAUUGCGGCUUGACUACUAUACUGAGGUUCAGGAUUUGAGUUAUUUAGGACCCCUCAUUGAUAGGGAAUCACCAACUACAUUGGGUAAGAAUUUUGUGAAAUUGACUGAAAUGAUUGGAACGCUUGUUGAGGAUUUCAAUUUGGUUUCAUUCGAAGUGCUAGCGGUGGAAAAUAAAGCUUCCAUGAUUCAUUUGCUUCAAGUCAUAGACAAUACAAUUGGUUACAGCUUAGGGAGCUCCGAAUUAGGUGGGGACCUGAUCUGGGCAGAAGCAGUUAGAAAUAAAGCUGCAGGAGUACACAAUGAUAUUGACAUACAUGAGAGAUGGAUCGAAAAUAAAGAGUUCUAUGAUAAGUUGGAAUUAGAAAUGGCUUCGCAUGAACCAGGUGGGGGCGAUAAUUUCUUAGAUGAACACUGA